AUGUCCAUUCAUCUCAUUGUGUUCGGAGCACGGAGAAAAUGGACAUUGCGUUUCUGGAUAGUGCGAGAGGAAACAGUGGGGCGAGCUAUACCUGGACGAAUCUAUAGCACAGGCGACGAGAACGGAAGAACGUGCCUCUCUACUCCCCAGGAUCCGCCGGCCGCUCGUGCCUUCAAGCCCGCGGCUCUCCUGUCCGGUCGCCCACCCACCCCUCCCACCCACCGCUCCUCCUAUAGCUUUUCCUGCUCCCCCUCCCAACCUCACACCUCCACCUCGCCUCCCUCCCACCUCUCCUCCUCUUCCUCCCCGCCUCCCCCUCACCACGUCACUGCCACUGCGGGAAAAGGCCUCCUAGCAGCAGAAGCAGCAGGCGGCUCAGGUGAAAACCCAGGCGCGCGGAUGCAGCCCUGGGAUCAGGGCUCAGGUGGGGGGGGGCACGGGCCGUGGAGUGAGCUUGCCGCGAUUGACUCUGAUCGGUCUGACUCGAGCCAAAGUGAGAGACAGAAGCAGAGUGAGAUGCUGAGCGGGCCGUGGGGUCAGAUCUCGUCUGCCGGGCAGACUGAUGUGUUUGUGGUGCGCCCUGCCUCGCCUUCGGAGGAUAUAGGAAUCAGCGAGGAAUCGAACGGUCAGCAUGCUGCAGAGCCCCCGCAGAGAUCGCUGCAGAAACUGCAGCAGCAGCAGAGUCAGAAUCAGGGCCAGAACGAGAACGAGAAUCAGGAUCAGGAUCAGCAGCAGCAGCAGCAGCAGCAGCAGCAGCAGCAGCAGCAGCAGCAGCAGCAGCAGCAGCAGCAGCAGCAGCAGCAGCAGCAGCAGCAGCAGCAGCAGCAGCAGCAGCAGCAGCAGCCGCACCCCCAUCGCGUGCUGGUUCCCCCGUUUAGUAAACCUGACUCCGCCAAGCCCUCCGCACAGCCCUCCGCGCAGCCCUCCGCCAAGGCGUCCGCGGGGUCCCCCCGCGAGCACGCGCGCGCCAGCAGCUCCCUGCACCGCAAGCUGUCGCGCACGGCCAGCGGAGGAGGCGGAGCGGACGGAGGGGAUGGGGGAGGUAGUGCUGGGGGAGUGGGGGGUACUACUGGGGGAGGCGGCACUGGGACAGGCGGUUCUGCUGGGGAUGGGUGCAGCCCGGACCUUUGCUUCGCGAACAGCACUGGUGGUUACCGUGACAGCAGCGGCAGUGACCGUACCAAUAGUGGUGGUAACCGCAAUAGCGGCGGUGGGAGUGCAGAUUCUGUUAAGGUCGCACACAAGGCAGAGAAGGCGGAAAACGCAGACAAGGCAAGCAAGCCAGACAGGCCGAGGAGUGCAGCAGGCAAGCCAGGGGAUCCGGACAAGUCAAUCAAAUCAAAGGAGUCAAAGGAGUCAAGCGAGUCAACCAGAGGUGAUAAAUCCCGGGCACUUCACCGCGCUGCCUCCCAGGGGAGGGAGAUUGACCGAGCCAGCCUGGGGUGUGGCAGCCCUGAAGCAAAGCUCGGGGGGAGGAGUCACACGGAAGGGAGGGAGGAGACGAAAGAGAGGAUGAUGAGAGAGAGGAAGAAGGGAAGGGGGGGGAGUAUAGGCGGGGGUGCUGAUUUGGGAGGAUUUAGUCCUGAGGCGAAGCUGGGGGGGAGGAGUAACACGGAAGGGAGGGAGGGGAUGGGCGAGCGGGUGAAGGGGAGGAUGAGAGAGCGGAGGGGGAGUGUGAGUGAUGUUGACGGUUUGGGUGGAUUUGGCGUUGAGGCGAGGCUGGGAGGGAGGAGUCAAACGGAGGGGAGGGAUGAAAUGUUUGAGAGGGCGAAGGAGAGGAGGCGGGAGAGGGAGAAAGGGGGAGUGCAGGGUGUUGGGUCACCCAGGCAUCCCAAGCAGAAGCACCGACCUCCGAUUAGUUCUGGCCUUGCCCAUGAGCACGACCCUCCGCACGAGCAUCAUCAGCAGGAUAAUCAAACUCAGCAGCAGCAGCAGUCGGGACAUCAGCAGGCUGAGGGCAACAGUGAUGAUCAAGAACGGGAGGAGGGGCAGGACGCGCCUCCCAUAAAUGUGCCUCCCUCAGAUGCGCCCUGUGAGGACUGGUCCCGCAGCAUCAGCCUUGCCCAUACUCUCAACAACCCCCAUGGCUCCCCCGCUCCUCCCCAUGCCUCUGCUUCUCACUCCGCUCAUGCUGCUGCUUCUUCUUCUGCUGCUGAUGCUGCUGCUGCUGAUGAGGACGAUGAUGGUGUCGAUUCUGGCUUCACCUGUUUCGAUCCUUCCUUUGACGGAAUGCUCGCUUCUCAUGCCGCCGAUCCUUCCAGCAUCGGGAAUCGGUCGGACCUGGCUUCCGAACCUCUCUCCAGCUUCCGGCUCGGCCCUGCUGACCCAGACCUUGCGAGCCCCAGGUUUGGUCCGGUGAAGAAGAAGGAGCGUUUCUCCGGACCUGGGCAGCAGGUUCGGCAGGAUGAUUCGGAGCUGGGAAGCUCAGGUUCGGAAGCCACAAGUCCGGAUACAGGCAGUGAGAGUGAUCGCAGCAGAGGCAGAAGCAGAAGCAGAAGCAGGGGUGAUAGUAGAAGCAGGAGCAGCAGCAGGGGCAGCGAUAAUAAUGAGGGCAGAGGAAUGCAGCAGGAGGAUGAAAGUGACAGCAGCAGGCGUGCUGGUAAGGAAAGGAAGAGCAGUGAGGGGCGGAGCAGAGAGCACGCAAGCAACAGAGACAGUGCUCCUGAUCGUACCAGAGAAACGGGGAACGCGCCUAGUAGCAGAGACGGCAUGAAAGCACGGAGAAAGAGCAUGGAAGGCGGGGCAGCAUUGGCUAAGUCCCAGGAGGAGGAGCCGGGUGUAAGUGCUGCAGCUGAUGUCACACUAGCGCUCUGGUGCUUAAGAGAGUCUCUUAGUAUGCAGCGGCAGCAGGAGGAAGAGGAGAAACUCGCGAGGGGAAGCAAAGGCGAAGGUGCCGGUGGAGAGGGGGGCAGAGCGGUUGGAGGGAGUGCAGGGGGUGUUUCUGACGCUGGGGUGCAGGGCAAGGGAGGCGAGGUGGAUCGCAACAGAAGCCCUCUGCGGAGGUUUCUCGGCGCCUUGUCACUUGAUAUAUCUGCUGCCCAUGUGCCUGUUGUUGCUGCUGCCCCUGCCGCAUUUGGCGGCCUUUAUGCCAGCGGAUUCCCUGCUGCUAGCGCCUUACCCACUAGCAUUGUUUCAAAAGCAGAGGGUCGCAAGCAGGCAACGCCGGGGGAAUCUGAGGAGCAGGUGAAGCACAAGAAUCAGCACCCGCAGCAGCAGCAGCAGAAGCCGCAACAAGAGAGGCAGCAGGCAGAGCAGCACCAGGAGGGGGGGGGUCGAAACCGCAGCCCCAUGCGUCGCCUCCUCCGUGCUCUCUCCAUAGAAGCUUCCACGGAAGCCGCAGCGGUGGUUGCAGCUCUUCAGAGGAGGGGGUGGAGGGAAGAAGGGAGGGACGUGGAAGCCAAGGCUGCCAGAUGUGAAGGAGGUGGAACAGCCUAA